AUGCCGGCUCAAACCCGCUCUUCUCACGUCUGCAAGUGGGAUGCCUCGGUCGCAAUUGACAUUGGAACAACUUUCUCCGGCUACUGCAUCAUCCAACGAUCUGCAUGCGAGCAGCACGCCCUCGAUCACGAUGAGGAGGUUAUUUGUCCCGUCAAGUUUCCUACUCGUCUUGCCAGAGACGAGAACACCGACACCAUCACGUUUGUGGGACCUGACCCACCUUCGUCUGCCAAUGAAGGAACACGUCAGGAGUAUAAAAACUUCAAGCUUGCUCUUAUGGCCGACGAGGAAUGGGAUCCGUCGGCGAACAAUGCCAAUCCGGCACUCUUGGGGUUUCUGCGAGACUGCCUUGGGUCAUUUGAGACCCCUGGCAGUUCCUCUGAACUGAUCGCAACCUCCCUGAAGGGUCUCUGGGAUCUCGCCUUGGCAGAGCUCGAGCAGUUGGAAGUCGGUGCUCAGCGGACCAGGGGUCAACUCCAGGUCAUUAUCGCAUAUCCACACUACUGGGACACCUGCGGCCUUGCCAAGGGUAGGUUUGAGGAAGCCCUCAGACUGGCAGGGCUGAAAGGCUCUGGUGAUCCCCCCAAUGUCCUCCUCAUGACAGAGCACGCAGCUGCCGCAUGGUCGGCAGCACAUGAUUUGCAGACCUUGCCCGAGGUCGAAGUUCAGCCCGGUGAUCCCAUCAUCAUCACCAAUUGCGGCGGUAUCAACAUCGAUGUGAUUGCGAUCAACUACCCGGGCAUAGACUCAAGCCCUGAGACGGCGGAACCUUCUGGUGCCCAUUACAUUCUCGAUGGGUCAGUAGCGAUCGACUUCAACUUCGACAACCUGAUCACGCAGUCCAUCGAGCGUGUGACUGGCAAGACCGAGGAAGACUGGACACCUGAGAUCCGCGGGGAGAAACAGCAUGCUUUGGAUAAAUGGAUCAAGGACAAGCCCAAUUUCACGGCACUGGAUUUGAUGACGGGCUCAUUCAAGUACAAGGUUGAAGGCAAGCCCUUCUCCAUCCACCGGGACGACAUGAUAUCCAUCUUUCGGCCUGCGAGCCAGGCCAUUGUGAAAUCCAUCGUUGCCCUUUGCCGCAAGCCGGAGUGCAAGAGCCCAAAGGUUGUAUUCAUGACGGGAGGACUCUCGCUCAACCCCCAGAUCCAGGCCAUGGUGCGUCACGGCUUGAGGUGCGACUUGGGAGACGAGUGUCCUACGGUUCUAGUUCGGGAGGACCACCACAUCUGGAACGCAGUCCAGUAUGGAGCUGCUCGUCGUUCCAGCUAUCGUGUCGUCCUACGAAGCGCCUGCGAGCAGCACCCCUGGCUAGACCAGACUAUUUGUCCACUCGAUUUCCCCACUCGUCUCGCUAUCAGCCAGUCCACCGGUGCAGUCAAGUUCGUAGGACCCGAUGGACGUUCCCCGGCGCUCCAAGUUCCACCCAUGCUGUACCAGGAUUUUAAGUACUUGACUCUGCCUCUUGUGCUGGGAGGCGACUGGGCUACGGCUUCGAGCAAUGCCGAUCCAGCACUACUGGAGCAUCUGCGUGGCUACAUAUCUAAUAUCAAUACCACCAUGGAUGCCGCUCAGUUGGCUUCGAUCUCUCUGAAGGGUCUCUGGGAGCUCGCCCGGGGAGAUAUCCAGAUGUUCGAAGCCCAGGGAGUGAAGUGCCGCAUCAGCGUCGUCAUCACAUAUCCGAAUGGCUGGGAUAGCGGUGUCAAGGGUAGGUUCGAAAACGCUGCUCAUCUCGCUGGUAUCGCUGGCUUUGCUGAUAGCCUCGCCUUCAUUCCGGAGCAUGAGGCUGUAGCGCGGGCUAUGCCGAGUUGCCUGCUUGCCCACCCGUUGCCACUCAUUAAGGCGGGUGAUCCCAUCAUCGUUGUCAAUGGCGGCGAUGUCACUAUCGAUGUGACUGCAAUCAACCUCCCGACUACAGGCUCCAGUCCCGACACACCCGCCUCGUCGGGUACUAAGUGCCUCCUCAAUGGCUUGUUCGGGAUGGACAUCAACUUCUGGAAGUUGAUUACGAAGGCGCUCGAGCGUUCGACUCGUAAGACCGAGCAAGACUGGUCUCCGACGACCCAUAAGGAGAGAGCGGACGCUUCCGCUCGCUGGGACAAGGUGAAACUUAACUUCUCAGCCACAUCUUUGAGGGGGUUUUUCCAGUACUCCACUGCUGACGGCCGGCCUGGGAGUAUCCAUCGGGACGAUCUUAUCACUUCUAUCUUUAGGCCAGCGACACUGCCUAUCGCGGAUGCAAUCGUCGACUUUUGCCGAAGGCCGGAGUGCAACAGCCCUAAGGCUGUCGUCCUGGUGGGACCAAUGUCGCAAAACCCCGAAAUCAAGGAAUUUGUGCAGUGGGGCAUGAGGCAAGCCCUGCAAGCCCCGGGCCCUCCGAUCUUUGUUCUUGACGAUUUCUCGUGCAUUGUACCUCGUGGAGCCGCCGAAUACGGCCUGUCUCGGUUGAACUAG